AUGAUGUCCCCCCUCUUCGGCAUCGUCCCGGCCGGCCAGCCGCUCAUCACGGAGCCGACCGCGACGCCGGCCCAGGCCUCGUUCCUCUACGCCCUGCCUGCCGCCAGGCACUUUUCCCACGUCGUCGUCUUUCUUCUCCCAGGCGUCGCCCUGCCCGACGACACCGCCGCCGCCAUCUACCUCGCCACCGCCAACGACGUCGACACCGCCGCUCGCCGCGGAGAAAAUCCCCCGUUUCGGUUCCUCGGCGCCAUCGGCCCGGGCAAGGAGAGCGCCGUGUUCAAAGUCGGCGCCGGGGUGGACGUCGGCGCAGGCGGGCUUGUCAUUGGAGUUUCCGUCGAGCCGGCCGACGCCGUCAGCAAGCGCCUGCAAGAGCUCGCCGGUAAUAAGGCUCUCGCCGGCCAGCCUUCGCCGACUCAGCCCACGACCAUUGUGCUUGCCCAGCGCAUCAUCCAGAACGCCUUCAAUUUCCUCGCCAGCUUCAGUGGUUCUGCUGGCCCCGGCGGCGCCCAAGUUGUGCCUCUCAAGGCCUUUGAGGAUUGGUGGCGCAAGUUCGAGUCCCGUGUCCGGUCCGACCCGAGCUUCCUCGAGAAGCAGUCGGACUGA